AUGGCGCUGAGGGAUCACAAUUACGUCAUCCCAGCCAAUCAUGAAGAAGAAGAAGAAGUUGGUGCUAAAAACAUCUACCUGCAAAAUCAUACCUACGCCCAACAGUUGCCUGCAGUUCAGAUUCAGGCCCAGCCAGAAGAAGAUAGAGAAGCAUUAGAAGAUGGACCAGCACCUGAUGAAGAAGAAGAAGAAGAUGAAGCAGUAGAACAAGAAGAAGAUGGAGCAGUAGAACAAGAAGAUGGAGCAGUAGAACAAGAAGAUGGAGCAGUAGAACUUGUUAUGCAUGCUGAACCAAGAACAUAUAGAAUAAUCCCCGGCAUUAGACUCAACUCAAAAUUUUAUGUGGACAAUUUGGGAUUCAAAUAUUAUCGUAAGAAGUUACUGGUCAAUACGAUAAAUCUAAUUUGUGAGCUACGAAAAAAUCCCAGAGGUGAUUUUAUGUGCCAUGGUUCAGCAUCAAUCAGUAUUAAUGAGAGAGACAACCGGCUUCGUAUUGUAACUGAUCACAAUCAUGAUCCAGAAGCAAUUAACUUGGAUGUUCCAUUCUUGAGGAAUGCACUUGGUGAAAGAGCUGUUGACCGCACAGUUACAACCCCAUCAGUUCGCGGUCUUUAUAACAGUGAAAUAAUUAAACAUCCUCAAGCUGCCAUAAGCUAUACAUUCCUCCAGGCACAAUCCAGAGCAAAAAGAAUGAGACAAUCAAGGCGCCCACAGUUGCCUCAGAACAUCCAUGAACUCUCAGAAAUGCUGAGCGACCCCCGAAAUUCAAAUUACGCUUCUACAUUCCAAAUUCCUUCCUCAGCAUUUUUCAAUCAAGAAUUGAUUGUAAAUGGAGUAAGUGUAGGUGUAAUUUUUGCAAACAUUUCUGCAAUUGAAAAAUACCGUCAAGAGUUGGCUACAGUAGAGAUGGUUGGAAUAGAUGGUACAUAUAAGACAGUUCCUCAAGUGCCAGGGGACUUGCGAUGUUUUCUGACAUUUCAAGUACUCUACAAAAGUGUAGCAUUCCCAAUGGUCUAUGUCCUUUUGGGGAGUGAGACGGAAGAAACAUACUCUGCAUUAUUCACUGUCAUACGCAAUAUUCUACCACUGAAUUAUGACAGAAUCCGUUUUGUAACUGAUUAUGAGCGUGCUCUUAUGAAUGCUGUCCAGCGAAUAUUUCCAAACAGUGAAUUGCUCUGCUGCUGGUUCCAUUUUUCACAGUCAGUUGUUCGAUAUUGUCACCGAAAAGUUAAUGGUGUCUUAAAUUUGGUGAAGAGGCAUGAAGUGGCAGCUCAUAUUUUCAGAAUGGUAUUAGCAUUGCCUCACCUACCGGCUGAAAGGGGUAAUCCCGGGUGCCCUAAUUUUUGUAUGGAAGAUGGGUUUCAUACAAUUGUCGCGUACACCUUACAGUUUCCUGACAUCAGUGAGGUUAUGAGUCGUUUUCUGAGGGACUAUGUAUUUGAUUAUUGGUUUGUGCAAAUUGGUCCACGGCGCCUAAGUGUUUUUGGUCAAGAUCACCGGACCAACAAUUACUUGGAAUCUUUCCAUUCAACGUUGCUCACACAAAUUGGACGCCACCCUAAUAUUUGGGAUUUUCUUCAAAGACUGAUUAUUGUUGAAAAUCAGUUCUAUGUAGAAUUUCAACAGCGCACAAAUAACCUCACGAGACGGUACUUCCAGAUCUCUAAGAGAAAACGCUACGCGGAUCAUAAGAGAGUCGGUACAACAACUCAACAGAGACAGUGA